AUGGAACGAUGGGAAUUUGCUGACCCCCAAUACUAUAAGACAGUGUCCUCGCCCACGACAUUCUACCCAUCACUCGAACUUCACUUCCAUAAAGCUCGACCACACCCCAAGCUCCUCUGCUCAUUACCCAAACUUCCUCAUUACAGCCUCUCUUCAUCCCUCGCGACACCACAAACCAAAAUCCCAAUAAUGAACUUCCUCUACCGAUACAUGCUCGACAAAGCAACACGCAAACCAUUCAACAUGCCCACGGAGGACGCAAUGGGUGACCAAGAACUCGUGGAAAUGCCGCUCCUAGAUGAAUCACCGGGUUUUUCCUACAACACUACGACAUAUCAAGCUACCAACACCACCUACGAUAGUAGCUCUGAUGACAGUGAUGCCGUGAUCCACACGCGUGCGGAAGUCCACGAUAUAGUAUGGGCUCGGAGAAUGUAUGAUAUCCCGAUCUCUUCACUAACACACCCUUUUGCUUCCGUUGAACUGCUGUCGUGA